AUGGCUGUAUGGGAUUAUCGACUUGAAACGAUGAUGUCACCGUUGAAUGGAGAAGCAUACAAUUGGCUUCUUCAAAUCGUACAGCUAGCAAUGUUAUCAUCAUUCUUUGCAUUAUCAUCGGGCUCAUUUAAUAUUAGAAACUAUGUGCUAAAGCCGCAGGUCAUUCUACGAUUUGCAUCUUGGGUAUUCGCUAUUAUUGUUUUUGGUUGCCUAACGUCAGCCCGUAGCGAAUUUAGAGGUUUUUGUCCUUUAAAUGGCGAUAAUAAUGCUUGCAACUAUGGAAUUGCUAUUGGUGUAAUUGCAUUUUUGGGCCUGAUGGUAUUCCUCUUUUUGGACGCAUUUGUUGAUCGUAUUAUCGAUUUAACAACUAAAAAGCGUAUAGUAAUUGCAGAUUUAGCUUUUACGAGUCUGUGGACGUUACUCUGGUUCAUAGGAUUCUGUUAUAUGACCAACAAAUGGUCCAUAGCGCCCAAGGCUCCUUUUAGCGCUGUCCCUGGCGUCGUUACGAAUGUUAACUCGGCUCUUGCAUUUACCUUUUUUUCAGUACUUACUUGGGGUGCAUUAAUUUAUUUCGGUGUUCAACAAUAUCGAAAUGCUGAAAAUCCAAAUACACAACAGCAACAGGCGCAACCAGGCUAUGACUAUCCAAAUGUAGGUACAUCUAGCCAAGUCCCAUCGCAGCAGACCCCUUCACAAACUUAUCAAGAGCCUUUUACUCCACAAGAGCCAGUUACAGAAGAAAAAAAAGCAGAUAUGCCUCCUCCUUAUAUUCCGCCAAACUAUUAA